AUGGCUUCUCUGAGAGUGCCUGAGGUUACUGCUCCAAUCCAGGACAGCGAGCGACUCAGAAAGGCCUUUGAAGAUCUAUUAUUACAUACUUUCAUUCUUUCAAAUGGAAUGCGAGAGCUGAAUAAAUGGUCCAAUUUGUUCUUGGGACGUCUUAUGUCUGAAGCUUCUUUGGUAUUUUCUGUUUGGGAUCAUAAUCUGGUCAUUUGUGUAGCUUGUGGUGGCCUAGUGAGCUCCUACAGGUAUGAUAAAGAAGUUGUGGAUCCCGAGGCUGCGAUGUUGGAGGCAGCAAGACUUAAUGAAGCCAUCAACAAGAAGCAAUUAGACCACGAUGACGUUUUUUGGAUACUUAGCACCAGAAAUGUUUUCCAGCUCAGGGCGACUUUUGCAUACUACAAGCAACUAUAUGGGAAUCCAUUGGAACAGGAUAUCAAAACUGUGGAAAAGGAGAUUUGGAACUCUAUAUGGGGACUGGGAACUGAUGAAGAUUCUCUCACUAGAGCUAUUGUAACUCGAGCUGAAAUCGACCUUUCGAAAGUUGAAGUGGAGUAUGCCGCCAUGUACAAAUCCAGUCUUGAAGAUGAUACCUCAGGAGAUACCUCAGGAGACUACAGAAGGUUCUUGAUGACUUUGCUUGGGAAAUGA